AUGAAGACGAUCUCGACGAGCCAGCUCAAGCCGGCCUACCUCGCUCAGGCGGACCUAGACCGUUUAGCUCCGGCGCAGACACCAACUGCAGCGGACCAGCCGUUUGCUCCGGGCCCAUCGCAACAACCGACUGUUCCGGACGAUGAAAACUUGCCACCAGGUGCAGCGAGCCAAACGUUUCCACCGCCCACGCCUCAGCCACCGUCGCAGGAUACCCAGCCACCGUUACAGGACGCCCGGCCACCGCCGCAGGACACCCAACCACACCGCCAGCGCCCCGCCAGGAGGGUCAGGUUUUCGUGCCAUUCGUCUCCAGACAAGGUCACUGGAGGGGGAGUAGCUGUGGCGCCAAAAGCUUCACUUCGAAGCACAACGGAAGAUGGCGUGCAUCGUCGACGCAGUAAGCGUCUUGCGUCGCGCGCCACUGGAGCUUAA